AUGGUUAGAGACAAUGGGCCCGGUGAAAGACUAAGCAUACCACCACUUAGUGGACUUCGCAAAUUCAGAAGAACACUCUCGCAGAAAUACGACAACCACUAUUGCUAUCUAUGGAUGGUGUCCUCGGCCUUAGAAUACGUUAGAAAGUUUGGGAUCGAAAAAGAACCGUCUCGCCCAUUUCACGCAUAUGCCAUUUGUCCUAAAGAUGUACCUCAUCGCUCUCCUUCUAUAGAGCUAAGUUACAUAUCUGAGGUGGUGUGGUUGAACAGGAUUGAAGAUGAUCUUUGUUAUAUGAACAUCCGGUCGCUGCCAGUAUCCCCAUUUUCUUUUUCGAAUAUCGAGAAAAUUGGAUUCCAGAGAUAA